UGUGCACGUAGCGACACCGGCGCUUUGCUGGAGUUUGACGUGGCACUUUCGGCACGCAAUUCAACAUCAGAGGUGGAAAGGACGCUCCAGAUCGUCACUGUCUUUGAGGUCACCAUUUUUUUCUGUGGGUUGGAAUGAAAGAAUCAUAACAGUAGGAUGAGUCAGCAGGGUUAUGUUGCUACCCCCCCAUACUCCCAGGCCCAGGCUGGAAUGGGGGGAUGUUCUACUGGUUUUGGGAACCCACCACCUCAUUCCCAUUAUGGGGUCUAUGGAUCCCCGCCACAGGCUUAUUCUGCCCUUCCAACAGGUAUGCUCAAGUCACCUGCCUCUUCUCCAUCUGGGAUGCCCUUCCCACCAGUAUCCAGCCAUUAUGGAGCUAACAUUCAUCAGAAUGGGGCCCAUGCCCAUGGUUUCCCUCCCACUCAUGUUGCAUCAGCUCCUUCCAUGUCUCCAUAUGGGCAACCUCCUCAGAGUGCUUAUAACAGCAUGGCACAAGCCCCACCUCCAACUCAACAGCUGACCAAUCAAAUGAGUUCUAUGAAUAUUGCAGGAUAUGGCCAAAGGCACAUGCAAGCAUCUCAGCACCCCUCUAGCUCAGCACCACUGCCGUUUCUAACAUCUCCGCCACCAGCGAUGGGACAUCCUCCGUUGUCUCCACCAGGACAACAGCCACCCUCACUGGGAUCUCCUCCACCAUUGGCCUCUGUUGGUUCUAUGCAAGCUCCACCAAUGAGAAUGUCUGGCCCAUCUGGACCGGGCACCCCUCUGGGUGGAGGUGGACUCCAACAACCACUUGGAUCCCAAGGCUAUCCACAGCAGCCAGGAAGCCCGAUUGCAGGCCCCUAUGGUGGACAAAUGGCAGGACCACAGAUGAUGGGGCAACCAACAGGUGCUUUCCCAGGAGGCUUCCAUGGAGGUCCAGCCCAAAUGGCCGGCCCUCCUCAAAAGAAGCUGGACCCUGAUUGUAUUCCAGGCACGACACAAGUGAUUGAGGAUGACCAAGCUAAGAGAGGAGGCCAGGUCUACGUCACAAACAUCAGAGGUCAGGUGCCACCACUGGUCACCACUGAUUUUACAGUGCAGGAUCAAGGAAAUGCCAGCCCAAGGUUUAUGCGAUGCACAACAUAUUCCUUCCCCUGCACUGCUGACCUUGCCAAACAGUGCAAAGUGCCACUGGCUGCCAUUAUCAAACCCUUUGCUACUGUGCCCAAAAAUGAGACUCCUCUGUACGUUGUAAAUCACGGCGAGGCUGGACCAAUCCGCUGCAACCGCUGUAAGGCCUACAUGUGCCCUUACAUGCAGUUUAUCGAUGGAGGACGACGCUACCAGUGUGGCUUCUGCAGCUGUGUAAAUGAAGUUCCAGUGCAGUAUUUCCAGCAUCUGGACCACAUGGGCAGGAGAAUGGAUCUGUACGAGAGACCAGAACUGUCUUUGGGCUCUUAUGAGUUCAUUGCCACAUUGGAUUACUGCAAGAAUAAUAAGCCUCCCAAUCCUCCAGCAUACGUCUUCAUGAUUGAUGUCUCUUACAACAACAUCAAAAGUGGACUCGUCAAACUAAUAUGUGAGGAACUGAAGAUAUUGCAUGACAGGCUUCCCAAAGAGGAGGGUGCAGAGAGUUCGGCCAUCAAAGUGGGUUUUGUCACCUAUAAUAAGAUCCUUCACUUCUACAAUGUGAAGAGUGCUCUGGCCCAGCCACAGAUGAUGAUGGUCUCUGAUGUGGCUGAGAUGUUUUUACCGCUUCUCGACGGAUUCCUCGUCAACUUCCAGGAAUCUCGGGCUGUCAUCAACAAUCUUUUAGACCAAAUCCCUGACAUGUUUGCUGACACCAAUGAGAGCGAGACGGUGUUUGCUCCAGUCAUCCAAGCUGGUGUAGAGGCACUAAAGGCAGCUGAAUGCAGUGGAAAACUCUUCCUCUUCCAUUCCUCCAUGCCAACAGCAGAGGCUCCAGGAAAACUGAAAAAUAGGGAUGACCGAAAACUAGUGGGAACAGAAAAGGAGAAGACUCUGUUCCAGCCUCAGAGUGGAGUGUAUGAGCAGCUGGCAAAAGACUGUGUAGCGCAAGGCUGUUGUGUAGACCUAUUCCUGUUUCCAAAUCAAUAUGUGGAUAUCGCCACCAUGGGUGAUGUGCCCUCACACACCGGAGGCUCGAUAUACAAGUACAGCAACUUCCAGGUGGAUGUUGAUGGUCAGCAUUUUCUAAAUGAUCUUCGGAGAGAUGUGGAGAAGUUCAUCGGUUUUGAUGCCAUCAUGCGUGUCCGUACAGGCACAGGCUUCAGGGCCACCGAUUUCUUUGGCGCCGUCUACAUGAACAACACCACAGAUGUGGAGAUGGCCGCAGUGGACUGUGACGAGGCCGUGACAGUCGAGUUUAAACACGAUGACACACUCAGUGAGGAGGCUGGAGCUGUUAUGCAGUGUGCUUUGCUCUACACCACCAUCAGUGGACAGAGGAGGUUGCGGAUUCAUAAUCUCAGUUUAAACUGCUGCUCACAGCUGUCUGAGCUCUACAAAAGCUGCGAGACAGAUUCUCUCAUCAACUUCUUUGCCAAGUCAGCAUGUCAGGCCAUGCUCAACCAGCCACUGAAGACAGUGAGGGAAAUCCUGGUUAACCAGACAGCUCACAUGCUGGCCUGCUACAGGAAGAACUGUGCCAGCCCAUCAGCAGUCAGUCAGUUAAUUCUGCCUGAUGCGAUGAAGGUGUUUCCUGUCUACAUGAACAGUCUUUUGAAGGCUCCAGCUCUAGUAGGCAGUGCUGAGCUCUCCACUGAUGACAGAGCCUUUCAGAGACUCAUGGUGAUGGCUAUGGGAGUGGAGGAGACCCAGAUCCUGCUCUACCCACGACUAAUCCCACUGCACACUAUGGAUGUGGACAGUGAUUCAAUUCCAGCACCAGUGCGGAGCUCUGAGGAGCGGCUCAGUGAGACUGGUGUGUUCUUGCUGGAGAAUGGACUCUUUAUGUUCCUCUGGCUGGGACAGGCCUGCCCACCCGACCUCAUCCAGAACCUCUUUAAUGUGCCCUCUCUUGGACACCUCACCACAGAAGGGCAGAUGUCAUUACCUGUGCUGGAUAAUGCUCAUUCCAGGAAGCUCCAUUCAAUCAUCUCCAGCAUUUCACAGCAGAGGGCCAAAUCCAUGAAGCUGCUGAUAGUGAAGCAGAAGGACAGAGCAGAGAUCUUGUUCCGUCAGCACCUGGUUGAGGAUAAGGGUCUACACGGAGGGGCCUCCUACAUGGACUUCCUGUGUUACGUCCACCGUGAGAUCAGGCAGCUACUUACUUAACAGAAACACACAGUUAAGUGUGUUAUAACGCACAACCCUCUUCUCUUGUACUGUCUACAGCUGCCUAUAAUAGAAGACCAAAAUCCUUCUCUGCAGUUGAGUUUACAAACUUCAGUAUUUCGCAUUGGGGUCGUUGUUAAAUAGGUGUUAGGAUUGAACACCUUCAAAUAUGCCUAAUAUCUCCCUGUUGUGAAGAUUUAUUCAUGACAUAUCUGAGAGAUCUUUGCAAUUAUUUUCUUAAGUCUUGCCCUAAAUUACAUCGAGUUUAACAAAGACAAACAUUGUGGAAUCCUUUACAAAGUGGAUUGGAGUGAAAAGCAAAAAUAAAUAAAAAAUUCUGUGCUAUUAAAUGAAUAGAUGACCAUACAACUUUGUGACCAGAACUAUACAGUACACACUUUGUCUUUUAUUUUAUAUGACUUCAGGGAGGAUCUCCUACACAAAACUGAAAUAUAGUCAUGUAUAGAAAUGUCUUGCAAUGAAAUCUGUUGGUGGUAUUGAGUCAGCAGUGACAAGAAACGUUGUUUAUUCAUGUACACCGUAUAUUCCAUUCUUGUUAAGGAAUCUGUAUCUAAACAUCUGUCUGCUAUCCCAUUUUUAUUUUAUAUUAUUUUUUUUACUGGAUGUGAUUUAAAAAAAAAAAAAAUCACAGAUUUUGUGCAUUUUGUUUGUAUGUUUCCAUCAUACAUCAAAAUGAAGUAUUUUCAACAUCUUGCCUAUGAGAUCCUUAAUGGUGCUUUUAUGUAAGCUGACAACAGGAAUUUUUAGUUGCAGAAGGCUCAGCCAUUAAAACUUCAAAGUAAACAUAUCAGAAUGUUGUAACUGGGAGAAAUUCCUUCAUUUUAAGGGAAGUGUUUAUAAAAAGGCGUCAAUGUACUUGCCUGAUAUUCAACUUUUCCUAAAUCUGGUAAAUUGAGGACCUGAUGUUGAUUAAUGUUGGAAGGGCCCUUUUAUUUUGUUGCAGGUAAUGUAUUUAAUUAUUAGUUAUUCUUAAUUUCUUACAGUUUUGCUCUUUGAAACAAAUCUAAUGUGGCAUUGAGAUGAUGCUAUAUUUUUAUAUAGCAUUUAUAUAUAUAUACUUUUUUUUUCUUGACUUUUAAUGGUAUGUACAUCUCUGGACCGAUACUGUAUAUUUUAUUACAGUUUAAGAUAACUCCUAAGGACCGUAAGCAAAUGUAUCUCAGGUAACUCAAGCAUCCAGCCUUUGUACCUGCUCGUAGUGCUUACAACUAAAUGGACACAAGCGCGGUUUUUGAUAUUGAAUGGAAAAUAAAUUAUACAUUUCUGGAAGCCAAGGACAGUCUGCCAUGUACAUUUCAAAGCCUUGAUACAGCUUUUUGGGAAUAAAGGUGUACUC